AUGGCGUCGGUAUGGCCACAUGCCACGUCGCGAUGGCAGGCAGCGGCAGCUUUGUUUGCAGUCAUUCUGACCGUCGAAGGUCCAAUAAGCGCACAGGCAGUUGCCAUGCGCGCAGAGGCCAAAGUGGCGGGUGGCAAUCCCAUCCGCAAGAUCAUAGACAUGCUGGAGACCAUGCAAAACAAGGUGCAAGCAGAGGGUGACGAAAAAUCCAAAAUAUUUGACAAGUACCAGUGCUAUUGCAAAUCUACGUUUGCAAAGCUGACGUCGCAAAUGGAUCAGGUGAAGACCGGCCUUCCUCAAUUGCGAUCACGCGUUCGCGAAGUGGCAGCUUUACAAGCAACGUUGGAAUCCGAAGUUGCCCAGCAUAAGAAGGAUAGAGAUGAAACAAGAAGCACGAUGGCGAGUGCAUCAUCUCUGCGAAAGAAGGAGUCCGAAGCUUAUUUGAAGGAUUCGACGAGCGAGAGGCAAACCUUGGAUUCUGUGAAAGAUGCCAUCGAGGCCAUCAAAAAGGGUCAAGGCAGCGCCUUCCUGCAGACGGAGCGUGCUACGGUAUUGCGAAGGUUGUCCGUCUCGGCCGACAUGACGACCGAACACCGUGAUGUGUUAUCUGCUUUUUUAGCAUCAGAAUCUUCAGGCGAUCAGCCUGCCACCGGCCGCAUUCUGGGCAUGCUGAAGCAAAUGAAGGAGGAGAUUUCCGACAACCUCAAAGAGUUGGUGAAUCUUGAGAAGCAGCGCAUUUCGGAGCACGAAAGCCUGCUCGAUGCUAAACAAAAAGAAGGUGAGGCAGCAACGAAAGCCAUGGAAGAGAAGAUGCUUCGGCUCGGUGAGCUGAAGGUGGAAAUGCAAAUGGUAAAGGAUGAUAUCAAGGACAAAGCAGACACUGAAAAAGAGAGCUCUUCCUUCUUCGCCGAUCUCAAGAAAACAUGCGACGAAAAGCAGCAGGCAUGGAAUGCUUAUCAAUCAGCUCAAGCAGAGGAGCUUCAGGCCUUGUCAGAAACUGUCGAGUUCUUAGAGAAGAACGAUGUGCAGGGUGCGGUACGUGGAGCAAUGAACAAACCAUCAUUGAUGCAGAGAUCUCCGAUGUCCGCAGUACCAAUCUCUUCCCGAUUCAUGUCCGAAUCAAAUGAGGAGCGAGGGAGUUGGCUCAGCCUCCUUCAGAUGAGCGCUGGAAGUUCAGAUGAGGCCUCCCGCAGCCAGAAGUCGGACUACGCCGAGAUGGCUUUGCGUGGGAGUCGACCAGGAUUGGAAGUCGCGAUCCAAAAACUUGACGAGCUCCAUGAUGUUCUGGACACGGAACAAGCAUCGGAUGAGGAGCGCCAGCAGUACUGCCAAAAAAAAUUGGGGAAGGCGGCCAUGGUCAAGCAGAACAAGGAACGAGACAUUGAGGAUGCGACGACCAUCAUGGCAACUUACGAGAACGAGCUCAGCACCGUGGUUGACGAGAUGAGAGAUAUGGAGAAAACUAUGAAGGAGCUGGAUGCACAGGUUGCAGAACUUACAAACACUCGCAAGAGCGAGCAUGAAGCUUUUGUCAAAUCCCGUGAGACCAACAAUGCCGCACUAGAACUGCUGGAUGUGGCAGCGCAGCGCAUCGAGCGGUUCUAUUCGGGCAGCCUCCUUCAGGAGCGGCACGGCAUGCACCUUGCCUCGGCGUCGAGGCAGGGAAGAACAAAGGAUGCCCCAGAUGUUGACCUGACGUACCGCAAGCAAGGGGGGGCUUCGACUCAGAUCCUUAUGCUCUUCAAUAGGAUCAAGGCAGACCUUCAGAAGCAGAUGGCGACCUUGGAGUCCGAGGACAAAGUGGGGCAGGCGGAGUACGAAAACAUUGUGGAGAAUUCCAACAAAAAGAAGACGAUCGGCAAUGAGAACCUCGGGAGCAAACAGGCGGCCAAGGCUGAGCUACAGGUCACGCUCCAACGAAGUCGCGAUGAGUUGCGAUCAGACAAACAGGCGCUGCUGGCCGUGGAGGAGGAGAUCCAGAGCUUGCAUGCCGAAUGUGACUUCUUAUUGAAGAACUUCGAUAUGCGGCAAGAUGCCAGACAAUCUGAGCAUCGCUCUCUGACUCGUGCAAAAGCUACGCUUGAAUCAGCACUUGAGAAGUGA